GUUGUCAAAUACGUUUGAGUUUUCUAAAAGUGGAAGUAAAAAAAACAUAUGCUUGAAAUUAAUUUACUCUUGAACUUUAGUUUUAAUGCAAAUGGUGUCUUUUUGGUGUUGUUGAAUUAUUAAAUUGAAGUUAAAAAAAUAUUUGAUGUAAUGGUAGUUCGAGUUAAUGACUUUGUUGACGUCAAAGUGACGUUCUUUUUGUUGUAAUGUCAAUUUGCUAGUUGUCAAACUUCUAAGAAAAUUUCAAAAACAUGGGUAAUGUCGACACAAAACUGAAUUUUCGCAAGGCAGUAGUACAGUUAACAUCUAAAUCUGAGCCCAUUGAUGCAAAUGACGACUCAUUUUGGGAACAAUUUUGGUCCGAGAACGUAACAAAUGUACAGGAUAUAUUCACGUUAGUGCCUGCUGCUGAAAUACGUGCUUUAAGAGAAGAUGCCCCUUCAAAUUUAGCAACCUUAUGUUACAAAGCUGUCGAAAAAUUAGUUAAGGCUGUGGAUAGUAGUUGCAGGACACAACAUGAACAACAGACAGUUCUAAAUUGCGUGCGUCUAUUAACAAGAAUUUUACCGUACAUAUUUGAAGACUCAGAAUGGCGAGGUUUUUUUUGGUCCUCGCUCCCAAGUCAGGGAGAGGAUGAAGAUGAAUCAAUACCUUUGGCGCAGUCUUUAUUAAAUGCUGUUUGUGACUUAUUGUUUUGCCCAGAUUUUACAGUGGUGACAAGCCGGAAAAGUGGUCCAGAUAAAGCUGAAGAAUUAUCAGCUAUAGACAGUUGUGAAUAUAUUUGGGAGGCAGGGGUUGGUUUUGCCCAUUCUCCUCCUCGUAGUCCUGUUCUUGAUUCGAAUCGUACUGAAUUGCUUAAACUUCUGUUAACUUGCUUUAGUGAGACUAUGUAUCAACCUCCAGCUGACAUUUCACAGAACCCUAACAAGUGGAUAGCCCACCUGACUUCAUCAGAAAAUCGACAUGCCUUACCUAUGUUUACAUCCUUACUAAAUACAGUCUGUGCAUAUGACCCAGUUGGUUUAGGGGUACCAUACAACCAUCUGUUAUUCAAUGAUUCUCUUGAACCUCUGGUAGAGGCUGCUCUCCAAAUUUUAAUUGUAACUUUGGAUCAUGAUACUAGCUCAUCAACCCCAACAGAAGGCGAAGAUAGCGUCAUUCCGGAUAAUCUAUUUAUUAAUUACCUUUCUCGGAUACAUCGUGAUGAAGAUUUUGAUUUUAUACUGACUGGUGUCACAAGGUUAUUGAAUAAUCCUUUAGUACAGACAUACUUACCGAAUUCUACAAAAAAAGUGCACUUUCACCAGGAAUUGCUAGUCUUUUUCUGGAAAAUGUGCGAUUAUAACAAGAAAUUUUUAUACUUUGUUCUGAAAAGUAGUGACGUGCUGGAGGUUCUGGUGCCUAUUCUGUACCAUCUCAAUGAUUCCAGAGCUGAUCAAUCGCGGGUGGGACUAAUGCAUAUAGGAGUCUUUAUACUACUUCUAUUGAGCGGUGAACGUAAUUUCGGCGUGCGUUUAAAUAAACCAUACACUGCUACAAUUCCAAUGGACAUUCCUGUUUUCACUGGGACCCAUGCGGACCUUUUGAUUAUUGUUUUCCAUAAAAUUAUCACAACUGGACAUCAACGCCUUCAACCACUGUUUGAUUGCUUGUUAACAAUUCUAGUCAACGUAUCUCCAUACUUAAAGACUUUGUCUAUGGUCGCCAGUACGAAACUCUUACAUUUAUUAGAAGCGUUUAGCACCCCGUGGUUCCUCUUCUCAUCUUCUACCAACCACCAUCUCGUUUUCUUUCUCUUGGAAAUAUUCAACAACAUAAUACAGUAUCAGUUUGAUGGCAAUUCAAAUCUCGUCUACACCAUAAUUCGUAAACGCCAAGUGUUUCACAGUUUGGCCAAUCUACCGAGCGAUUAUGGUACUAUUGCAAAAUCUCUGAACAAACGUUCAAGAAGUCGUAUGUCGAAUUCGACCAGCCACGAAAACGUAGCGGAAAUAGCAAUGGAAGGGUCUCAUCCGGCUUUACCAGCUGAACCGGGAACUUUGAAGGCUACAUUACCGGAUACACCAGGAAUAGGGCAAAUGACUGAGAAAGAAUCGGCACAUCCGGCGUUCCAGCAAAGCGAUCAGUUGCCUCUUACUAAUGGAAUGGCUACGAUCAACUUGAACACCCCUACUUCAAGUAAGAGUGGGGAUGAAGACACUCCUAAAUCGGACGGCGAAGGAAAGAAGUUGAGUAGGAGCCCGUCGGAAGCGUCUAAUUUUUCAAGACAGUCUGUGGCAACGCGAAAUAGUUUACGGGUAAGUGCAACGGGAGAUAAAACCUCAGGUCAGUGGACACCAACGGGUGAAUGGGUGCACUCGUGGAAGUCAAAGUUACCUCUACAAACCAUUAUGCGUCUUUUGCAAGUUUUGGUACCUCAAGUAGAGAAAAUCUGCAUUGAUAAAGGCCUAACUGAUGAGAGCGAAAUUUUGAAGUUUCUGCAACAUGGUACUUUGGUCGGCCUUUUACCUGUACCACAUCCGAUUUUGAUUCGGAAGUAUCAGGCUAAUUCUGGGACAACCACUUGGUUUAGAACAUACAUGUGGGGCGUUAUAUACUUGAGUUGCAGAAAUGUGGAUCCGCCGAUUUGGUAUGAUACUGACGUAAAAUUAUUCGAGAUUCAGCGAAUCUAAAAACGUAAAAUCAAAAAUUAAUUUAAGAUUAUUUAUUUAUUUUUUAUACAUAUACAAACAGCAGUAUGCAUCGGAAACAGUUGAAAGAUUUAAGUGUAAAUACUGAGUAUGCUAAUAGUUGUUAUUUGUUAUUUAUUGCAGUGGAUUAUUUUAUUCGUAACUCCUCGUAAAUCUGUCAUAUAAAUACCAUUUUAUUUGUGUAAAUGUGCAUUUAAUGUUAAGACUGUCUAAAAUGGCUUUUAAAUGUACUUUUAAUGUAGUUACCAUUCCUUUAUGUUGUGAUUUAACUUAGCUUUAGUUUUGAAACUAUACACUUUUUACUAUUUAAGCUUUUCGUAACGAAGGUCUUUCGCUAUUCAUUUAUAGAUAUGUUUCCUAGGAAUUUAUUUAAAAAAAUGUAUACGUUUGUUAUAAUGUAUAACGGAGUAUAUAAAUGAAUCGAGUGUCUUUACUCGACUAUUUUAUGGUCACUA